AUGUCGUCUUUCCAAGACGCCCCUUUCUCAACUACCAUACCAGCACUUUGCACAGCUCAAUACUCAGAGCUUCAACAGGAACGACUAUACCUACACCAAGCUCUGGUUGGGGAAGAACGCCGCAGGGAAAGACAGACCAGGCUAUUGAAGAAAGCGGAAAUCAAACUCAAGGCUAUAGAUCCUAAUACCACCUCUUCGGUUUCCAUCAAAUCAUUGAAGAAGAGCAUCAGGAGUAUGCGAUCAAAAUUGAAUAGAUGCGUACAGACUGAACAGGUGCUCAUCGAAAGCCUCACCAACGUUGUUUUGCAGAUGCAGAGACUAAAGCAGCAUCAAUUGCGUAGGGCACAUCAAGAAUAUCCUCAGCAAACACAAUAUGAGCAAAUAACCAACCUGUGGCCGAUAUAUCCUAGUUGGCCGAUGAUGCCGUACGUGUCACCAUCAUUGAGAUCCAACAUACAAUACUACACGCUACCAGAGAUGACCAAUAGCCAUUCUCAGCCUCAAGGUCUGUACGGCCCCAAUGAUCAUGCAAUGGUCUAUCAAGUUCCCCAGACACCCAUGUUGCGACCAGUUCAAUACAGUUCCAAUCAGCCGGCUUAUGCUUAUCCCGUUCCACUAGUCACAAACAAUAAUAUCUCCAGGUCCAGGGACCCCGAUUCGAUAAGCCCAGCUGAUACCAUUUCGCCAUACAUGCUGAGUCCACUACCGACGACACCGACUUCCAAUUUCCCUCCCACGUCAAUUCCCUCCAUUCAGCAUACUGAUAUUGUCGAGGGUGUCAAUAUAUCGACUCAACCCACUCACCAGCAGAACCAACGGCUUUCAGCUACCUAUACUAAAACAAACCAGCUUAAACAAGAGAAACAAAACCUUGACACAAGGACUCAGUCUACUUGA